AUGUCACCAGUUCCAGAUGGUCCGACCAUAGAAUGGCAUCCCGCUUUAUUGCUUGAACCCGAGCCUCGAGAUGCGAGGUUUGCGCUUCUUAUCCUCAACCAGCCCCUGAACGAUCUCCAGACUCUGGCGAGGUUAUGGCAAAACUCAACAUUCCACAUCGCGGCCGACGGCGGCGCCAAUCGUCUGUAUGACUCGAACCGGCGGCUCGCAGCCAGCAAAGGCCACGAUCUGCGCGACCGACUGGCGCAAGUUGACUCACCCUCCCCUCAGGCAGGCCUGGACGUCAUAAUAGGGGACCUGGACUCGCUCUUGCCAGAAACGCAAGAGUAUUUCGAGUCGGCCAACCCUUCCCUCCAGGUAAUUCACGAGGCGGACCAGUAUAGCACAGACUUCGCCAAAGCCGUGCGACACACUCGGUCUGUCACGGCCAAGGCUGGCUUUGGCCCGGCCGACAUCGUAUGCAUGGGUGGGCUGGGUGGACGGGUGGAUCAGGGGUUGAGCCAGCUCCAUCACCUGUACCUGUUCCAGACCUCGCCGACCUACUCGGAAGGAAGGCUAUAUCUCGUGAGCGGGGAGAGCUUGUCGUUCCUUCUAAAGGCAGGCAGGCACAGGAUCCAUGUCCGCGAGCCCUCUGAGCCUGGGCCGCUGGCAGAUGGCGUGCAGAGUGAGGCCCAGGGGAGGUGGGCCGAGGAGGUGUUUGGCAAGCAUGCGGGCAUCAUUCCGGUCAAGGAGCCUAGCGUCAUCACGCUGAAGGGUUUCGAGUGGGAUGUGGAGGACUGGCCGACCGAGUUUGGGGGGCAGCUCAGCACGAGCAACCAUGUACUGCCGGAAAGUGAAGUGGUGGAGGUUUGGACAAGCACCGACGUUUUGUUCACGAUUGCUCUGAAGGGGCGAGGGGGCGAGGAUUAG